AUGGCGGGCCUGCGCCUCGUCCUGCUCUGCUCCAUGCUGGUCAGCCUCCUGGGGCUCUCCAGAAGCCUGUUCAUUAACCGGGAAUGGGCCAACAAUGUCCUGAUGAGGACUCGCAGGGCAUACUCCCUUUUUGAAGAGCUGAAGAAAGGCAACCUGGAGAGGGAAUGUGUGGAGGAGAGAUGCUCCUACGAGGAGGCCCGGGAGGUCUUCGAGGACACAGACAAGACGAAUGAAUUCUGGAACAAAUAUAUAGAUGGCGACCAGUGUGACAGCAGUCCUUGCCAGAACCGGGGCUCCUGUCGAGACGGUGUGGGGGAAUACACGUGUACCUGCGAGGAAGGCUACGAGGGCAAAAACUGCGAGUUCUUCACGAGGAAGCUCUGCAGCCUGGACAAUGGGGACUGCGAACAGUUCUGCCAAGAGUCCCAGAACUCGGUGGUGUGCUCCUGUGCCCAGGGGUACGUCCUGGGGGACAACGGCAAGGCCUGCAUCUCCACAGAGCUAUACCCCUGUGGGAAAAUUACUCUGGGACGCCGAGGCAAGAGGUCAGUGCUCCAGGCCACCAACAACAGUGAGGACUUCUUCAAUGUCCUGAACUGGACGGCGCUGUACGACUCGUUCCCCACGGAGGACCCAGCUAACCUGCUUGACCUCAACAACACCAGCCCGGAGAAGGACAGGAGGAACCUGGGCCGGAUUGUGGGUGGCCGGGACUGUGAGGCCGGCGAGUGCCCCUGGCAGGCUCUCCUCAUCAAUGAAGAGAACGAGGGGUUCUGCGGCGGCACCAUCCUGAACCAGUUCCACAUCCUGACAGCCGCCCACUGCCUCCACCAGGCCAAGAGGUUCAAGGUGAGGGUAGGGGACCGGAACACGGAGCAGGAGGAGGGGAAUGAGGCGGUACACGAGGUGGAGGUGAUCGUAAAGCACAACAAGUUUGUGAAGGAGACCUACGACUUCGACAUCGCAGUCCUCAGGCUAAAGACGCCCAUUGUGUUCCGCAUGAACGUGGCCCCCGCCUGCCUGCCCCAGAAAGACUGGGCCGAGGCCACCCUGAUGACGCAGAAGUCCGGCAUUGUGAGCGGGUUCGGGCGUACGCACGAGAAAGGCCGCCAGUCCACCACGCUGAAGAUGCUGGAGGUGCCCUAUGUGGACCGCAACACCUGCAAGCUGUCCAGCAGCUUCUCCAUCACCCCGAACAUGUUCUGCGCUGGUUACGAUGCCAAGCUGGAGGACGCCUGCCAGGGGGACAGCGGGGGCCCGCAUGUCACCCGGUUUAAGGACACCUACUUCGUGACAGGCAUCGUCAGCUGGGGGGAGGGGUGCGCCAGGAAAGGGAAGUAUGGGGUAUACACCAAGGUCACUGCCUUCCUCAAGUGGAUCGACAGGUCCAUGAGGGCCAGGGAGCUGCCCAUGCCCCAGACCCCAUCACCCAUGCCCCAGACCCCAUCACCCAUGCCCCAGACCCCACCACCCAUGCCGUCACCUCAGUAA